AUGUCUCUGGUGCUCAGCUGUACUCCCACGAAUAGUGAGAAAGUACAAAGAUGGACGGCCAUCCACUGGGCUGCAGUGUUAGGUAGAGUUGAGUGUGUGUCUACCCUCAUCCUGGUCACGCCGCCCACCCCCGAGCUGCUGCAGGCCGCCGACGGACACACCCCGGUGCACCUCGCCAGCUUUGGUGGCCACGCGGAUGUGCUGAAGGCCCUGGAGGGGGCUGACUGGCCUCUUUACGCUAUGGGCGGCGAUGGCUUGACACCCCUGCACUGGGCUGUUAAGGCAGGGCGUCUGAACGUGGUCAGGUACCUGCAGGAUAAGGGCGCGGCGCCCAGUACGGGGGCCGGUGAUGACCUCACGCCGCUGGACUUGGCUGAGAGGCAGGGUAAAGACUUAGCAGCGAGGUGGCUGGCGAGGAGGAGCGGCGCGGUGCACGGGGACGCCGCCCACAGCCUGAAUCCUAAGGUCACGUCCAGUGCCGGGGUGAACGCUGCAACAGGUGACGACACGCUGCGGCCAGACGACGUGAGGAAACUGCUUGGCUUCAGGGAAUGGCUGAUAGACGGCUUCAACAAGAAGGUAACCAAGCAAGGGCGGACUCCUCUGGAUUGCCUGACGGAGGAGCUCAACACCCUGCUCCUGCGUCACCAGUGUUCCCACCUAGGUGAGCUGCAUGCUGGCUGCCUGGACCGGGAUUCGAAAACUGGCCCACUGAGUAGUAGCCAGGCACGCUGA